AUGACUUUGCAGUUCGAAGACAUCCUCCAAAUUAUUGGCGAAUUCAACCGUUUUCAGAAGAUCCAAUUAUGUAUGAUAUGUAUAGCGAACAUUCCCAUAUCGUGGCUUAGCUUGUCAAGUACUUUCCUCAGCGCUUCGUCGGACCAUUACUGCAGGGUUACGGGCAACCAGACGUACACACCGGGCCAAUCGCCGCUGAAGAACUGCACAAUACCGUACACUUAUUCAGGCGAUGUGUUGACGUGGGACACAUGUAAACGCUAUGACAACAACGCGUCAUUCCUGGAGUGUCGGCACCCCGACGACGUUGUGACGGAAUGCGACAAAGGUUGGGUUUUCGAUAGGAGCAUUUACGAAAACACAGUCGUCCAUGAAUUUGAGCUUGUUUGUGAGUGGGACUGGAUGAAGCAAUUGUCUAAAUCAAUGGUUGGAGUUGGUCAGAUGGCUGGAGCUGUUGUGUUUGGUCAAUUUGCAGAUAUUUACGGCAGGAAACCGCUGUACAUAACAGGUUUGAUGUUAAUCAUUGUCUUUGGGGUCGCCAAUGCGUUUUCACCAUGUUUUUUCCUGGUCGUAAUUGCACAGUUCCUCCUGGCUGCUUAUGGUAAUGGCGUGCGUCUAACUGGUUACGUACUAUCUAUCGAGUCUGUCGGCGCUAAUUACCGAAUUGGAUGCAACGUCAUGAAUAUGGUAUCCUUUUCUUUUGGAUACAUACUAUUAGCUGGCGUUGCCCAUGGAUUGAAAGGCAAUUGGAGACACAUACAGUUAUUAAGUGGAAUAAUAUUUAUCGUAUUUAUCCCUUAUGUCUGUUUUCUAGAGGAGUCGCCAAGAUGGCUUAUUCAGGUCGGAAACUUCCCUAGAGCUAAGAAAAUCAUCAAGAAAGCAGCAAAACAGAACAAAGUGGUUUUACCUGAAAACAUUAUUAUGUUUGAAAAACAGCAACCCGGAAAUAAUAAAGUGAAUGACAGUUUGACACAAUAUACUCUGAUUGAUAUACUCAAAAGACCGCGUCUUCGGUUACGAACUCUGAAUCUGUGUUUUAAUUGGUUUGCAGUGAGCCUUGUGUACUGGGCCAUAUCGUUGAACACAGACACUCUCUCCGGCAAUCCAUACUUGACCUUUUUCAUAUCCGGUGCAGUAGAAAUACCCAGUGCCCUGAUAUACUGGUUGCUACUGGACAAAAUUGGCAGACGAUACAUGUUGUGUGGUGCUAUGGUUCUUUCUGGCGUCGCCUUGGUGACCAGUGGCAGUCUUUCUCCAGAAUAUGGUACUGUAUCUACGGCAUUCGCGAUGAUCGGAAAAUUCUUUUCUAGUAUGGCAUUUGGCAUAACUUAUCUAUUCUCUGCAGAGAUCUACCCUACAUGCGUCAGAUGCGAUGGCAAUGACCUAUCUCUAUUUUCAUUACUCUCCAGAAAUGCUGGAAUGGGUAUAUCUUCUACUUCUGCCAGGAUUGGUACAAUCAUCGCACCGUUUGUAAUGUUAUUAAUAUCUAAAUGGCGUCCACUGCCAUUCUUUCUAAUGGGUGUGUGUACGAUUCUGGCUGGACUACUGGUAUUACUUUUACCAGAAACUCGGGGACAAAAACUGCCAGAGACGCUCGAAGAGGGUGAAUUGUUUGGCAGAAAAACAAGCAGAGAUGACAAGAACACUGAAAAAUCGGUAUUGAUUUCUGAAGCUGAAAAUACGUUAUGA